CCCCUCCCCCCUUGCCCCUUUCCCCCCGUCCCUCUCUUUCCCCAAGAGAAGAAAGGAACCAAGCCUGCCAUGGCCCUCUUCCCGGCGCUGCUGCUCUUCGUGACGGUCCUCACCCUGGCCGGGGCGCUGAUCGCGGUGCUGCUGUUCGGCCCGACGCCGCAGCACCGGGACUCGGCCCUCGGGUGGGUGUACCGCUUCCUCACCGGGACCCUGGUGAAUGCCCUGCACGCGGUGGCCCUGCGGGUCCUCGGCCAGCGGGUCCUCGGGGCGUUGGCCGCCGCCGGGCGAUACUUCUUCUACGAGCGCAAUCCCUUCCUGAUGGCCUUCUACCUGUCGCUCAUCACGGCCGGCGUGGUGAUCUACCUCGGCUGGACGCACCCGUACCUGUCGCCGGCGCACCAGCCGCGGCUCAUGUCCCCGGUGCACUGGUACCUGUCACCGGUGGCCAUCCUGGCCACCUUUGCCUCCUUCUUCACGGCCUGCCUCUCCAAUCCGGGGUACAUCAACCAGCGCAAUGUGCGCCGCUACUUGCAGGCAUACAAGUACGAUGGCCUGAUCUUCCCCCCGCGCCUGUGCGACACAUGCAAGAUCCCCAAGCCGGCGCGCUCGAAACACUGCAACCUGUGCGGCGUUUGCGUGUCCCGCCAUGAUCACCACUGUCCCUGGAUCAACAACUGCGUUGGGGGCGGGAACCUCCGCUGGUUCUACCUGUUCAUCCUGUGCUCCGGGGCCCUGUGCCUGUAUGGCGCGUGGCAGACCUCGGUGCUGGCCGUCCGCCUGGUGUCGGCCCGGCGCCUGUUCACCCUGACCCGGCCGCACCCGCUCACCGGGCGCAUGACCCCCCUGGGGCUGGGCGACGUGGCGGCGAUCAUGCUGUACCACGACGCGCCCAUGCUGCUGCUUGGGUUCUUCCUGCUGCUGGUGGGCCUCCUGCAGAUGGCCUUCCUGCUGUACUCCUUCAGCUACUCCCUGUCCAACUCGACCACCAACGAGAGCAUCAAGCGCGACGGGCUGGAGUACAUGUUCCAGCAGCUGGGCCACAUCACCAUCCGGUCGCCCAUGCGCAUGGGGGACUUGGCGCCGGAAUUCGCCGACAUCGAUCUGGCCGCCGUCUCCAUGCCUCCCAUCGAGGCCGGCCCGGAGGACAUCACCACCCAGGUGAAACUCUAUGACAGCGUGGUGGCCCUGCAUGUCCAGGCCCCGGACGCCGCGGAGGACGCCGAGGGCCCGGCCCCGGCCCCGGCCCCGGCUCCGGCUCCGGCUCCGGUCCGGGAGGACCUCCCGAAGGGGUCUCCCCACACCAAGGCGGCCAGCGCCAGGCCCAACACCAAGCCCGGGGCCGGGCUCCGCCACCGGAAGAACCCCCCUCCACAGGAGGACCUUUACCCCAUCCACAUCACCCGGUACAAUACCUUGGAGGUGGCCCUGGUCAACCGGUAUGACCUGGGCAGCUGGUGGGCCAACAUCAAGAGCUCGCUCUUCCCUCCCUUGCCUUGAGGGGGCGGCGGCGGAAGGGGCCACCCCCUCUGCCGGGCCCGAGCCAUUGUGCCCUCUGCCCUGUUGGCCUUUCACUUGUGCGCGCCCAAAAAAAAUGGAACUCCCCACA